AUGGCUGAAGGUGCAUUAGCGCAAAGGGCAUGGGCUUGUCAAGAGAGAAUACUGUCUACUCGCGUUCUCCAUUACAAGAAUAACCAGAUCUACUGGGAAUGUCGACAGGCAGCCCGUAUAGAGGAAGGAAUCCUACUUUUCACGGAUAACACUGAUGAUAUUGCCACAGGUCCCAGCCUUGGUCGGGAGCUUGCUGCCUAUGGUAUCGGCGACUAUGAUCUGUUCGAUCGAAUCUCCAAAUGGUAUCACGAAAUACUGUACAUACACUACUCAACACGACAACUGACACAUUCAUCCGACCGGCUGCCCGCAAUUUCAGGUCUCGCCAAACUUGUCCAAGGCAGCAUGAAUAUGACGUACAUUGCUGGUCUCUGGAAAGAGGGACUCCAAUACGGCUUGUGUUGGGGGGUGGUGAAUAUGAUGCCUCGUUCAACAGUCAAUGGACCUCCCUCUUGGUCUUGGGCAUCAUAUGAAACGCCAUUGUUUUGGCCAAUGUCUGUAUACAGAAGAUUUCCACCCGCACUUUUCGAUCUGAACGAUUUUCACGUUGAACUUGCUAGUAACGACGAGUUUGGACGUGUGAAUGGAGGGUUCUUGAAGAUUACCGGCCUG